AUGCGACGCAUAGUCGAAAAGCUCCCACUUGAGGCAAGGGUUGAACUGGAUCGAGCAGCAGAAAAUGAAGAUCUAACCGCAUUGGAGAAUAUUAUUACGGAAGAAGUACCUUUGUUAACCUUCAAGUGGAAGUUCACAUUCUUAUUCGAAAGUGGUGCAAUUCAGUUAACAAAUCAGCCGCAAUCAGCACGGGUAGAGUACGAAUUAUGGAAAAACGCCAAUAUUCCACCACAGCCAUUGUUGGAUAUCAUUGCAGAUAAAACGGAUGUCGAGGAAAGGUAA